GGACCCCGCGUGUGUGUGGGGGGGGGGGUCACCACCCUCCACUCUUCGCGUGCGCACCUGUUUUGAGAGAUGGUCCGACGGUUCCAGGGUGGGAGCGCAGAAGAGGUUGUCUGGCCAGCGGGUGAGCGCUUGCUUGCGUCUUCUGCUUCUCUGGCUCCCUGUCCCUGGUCCGCUGCCCCCGCUGUCCCCCCCCCCCAUCCUUCUCCACCACUCCCCCCCACCCCGCCUCUCGGUCCUCCUGUGGGCUGCGUGCGCGGGAGCCUCACUCCGCCCUUCUCUGCGGGAACCAACCGGCGCGCCCGGGGCGCAGGGCUCCUGCUGCGAGCCCAUAAAACCCGGCUCCGGGCGCUGCGCUCCCGCUGCCUCUGGCCGCUGCUCCCGGGGGCUGGCGCUGGCUUGGCAGGGUCAUCCAGCACGCGACGCUGAUGGUGUGGACCUCGCCUCCAAGCAAGCUUAGGGACAUCCGCUUUCCGCUUCCAGAAAAGUUGGGAGAAAGUGACUUUGGGGUGGAUUGGGAAGUGGUAGCAGCUCCCCAGGCUUCUUUCCCUUCCAGAAGCCUCACCCUGCACAGCCCCAUCCAUUCUUCUUUUCCUGACACCCUGUCUCCCUGAGCCCUUCUCUCUCUUCUCCUAGGUCUCCCCUCCACGUCGUCGAUCAGCCUCUUCUCCAUCCUUGUCUCUUUCUCUCUCCUCCCCUCUAUCCCGAACCUCUUAACUAUUUCUAUUUUCACCAUCUUCCUGCCAUCCCCCUUCUCUUCUCUCCCUGUCUGAAACCUUUCCCUCCCCCCUCCGUUUCAGCCAUCAAACGUCUCCACUAGCCUCCACACCAUCCGUAGGUCUUUCCCUCUCCCUCCUCCCCUCCCCUCCCCCCACCCGCAGCACACUCAACCAUGGAUUCUGGGCCUGCCUGGGCUGCUAACCCCACUCCCGGGGGCACCUUCUCCGUCCCCAAUGCCACCACACCCUGGAUGGGCCGGGAUGAGGAGCUGGCCAAGGUGGAGAUCGGAGUCCUGGCCGCGGUCCUGGUGCUGGCGACAGGGGGCAAUCUGACUGUGCUGCUGACCCUGGGACAGCCAGGCCGCAAGCGCUCCCGCAUGCACCUGUUUGUUCUGCACCUAGCCGUGACUGACCUGGGUGUGGCCCUGUUUCAGGUGCUGCCCCAGCUGCUGUGGGACAUCACCUACCGUUUCCAGGGCCCUGACCUCCUCUGCCGGGCCGUCAAGUAUCUGCAGGUGCUCAGCAUGUUCGCCUCCACCUACAUGCUACUGGCCAUGACGCUGGACCGCUACCUGGCUGUUUGUCACCCCCUGCGCAGCCUCCAGCACCCCGGCCAGUCCACUUACCCUCUCAUCGCCGCUCCCUGGCUGCUGGCUGCCAUCCUCAGCCUACCUCAGAUCUUCAUCUUUUCUUUGCGGGAGGUGUUCCAGGGCACAGGGGUGCUGGACUGCUGGGCAGACUUCCGCUUCCCUUGGGGGCCUCGGGUCUAUAUCACCUGGACCACCCUGGCCAUCUUUGUCCUGCCUGUGGUCAUGCUCACGGCCUGCUACAGCCUCAUCUACCACGAGAUCUGUAAGAACCUCAAAGUCAAGACGCAGGCCCGCAAGGUGGAAGGAAGGGGCUGGAGGACUUGGGACAGGAUGUCGCCUUCUGUCCCAGCUGCCGCCACACGGGGCCUGCCAUCCCGGGUCAGCAGCAUCAGUACCAUCUCGAGGGCUAAGAUCCGAACCGUGAAGAUGACUUUCGUCAUUGUGCUGGCCUACAUUGCCUGCUGGGCACCCUUCUUCAGCGUCCAGAUGUGGUCCGUGUGGGACAAAGAUGCCCCUGACGAAGAUUCAACCAACGUGGCUUUCACCAUCUCCAUGCUCUUGGGCAACCUCAGCAGCUGCUGCAACCCCUGGGUCUCCAUGGGUUUCAACAGCCACCUGCGGCCAUGGCCGCUGUGCCACCCGGACUGCUGCGGGGGUCCCCGGCCCCGGCCACGCCGGCAACUCUCCAGCCUCAGCCUCUCCAGCCGCCACACCACACUGCUGACCUGCUCCAGCGGCCUGCCCGCCCUCACCCUCAGCCCCAGACUCGGUGGGGGCCCUGGGACCGAAGGGUCACUGAAGGACUCUGCGCAGGUGGAUGGGGAAGCCUCCACAGAGACCGGUGUCUUUUAGGGAACACGUUCCUUGAAGUCUGGCAUGCCUGCGAGGCUAGUGGAGGGUCUCUGCUCAUUUCAACACUGGGUGUAAAAGCCGGGAGGACCAAGGUUGGAGUUAGGGGAGCCCAGUUUGAGGUAGGGUGAGGGGCCCAGAAGGGCUGCCCUACCCUUGGUGUUGAAGCUGCCUCUGGUGUGUGGGCUGCCCUUAUUUGCCCCCAAUCUCAGAGGCUGGGAGUCAGCGAGAGUCAAAACAUCUGCUUCCCUGACCCUGUGCAUUCGCAGAGUGUCUGGGAACUCACCCCAGAUCUCAGGCAGGCCGAGGACGGCCCUAUCUGGGCCUUCACAGGGGGCAGGGACUCAGGCUGGUCUCCCACCUUGACCAUUUGUCCCCCAUCCUAAUCUGACUAGCACACCCAGCCCAACCAGGAGAGGGGAGAAGUGAAAAAGUGUGAAAAGUAUUCUGUUUCUCUAUCUAGAUACUGGAUUUGUUUGUUUGUCUGUCUGUUUGUUUUGUAGAAGGAGGCUUCUUCAAUGAAGGAAAGCGAAUGGAGGUGGGUAGAGCAGAUAGAUCAGCUUUACCUGCUAUGCCCACCUGUCUAGUGAAGGGAGAUGUGGGAUUUAGUGCAGCAUCUAUAACUAGCAAAAAUUCUGCCAAUGCUCCCUGUACCAUCCACCUCUAUAGGAGGGGUGACAGGACAAAGUAGAUGCUCAGUGGAAUGACCCCCUGGGAGGGAGUAUGAGAAGGACGAGAAGAAAGGAGCAGAUGAAAAUGGUCACAAUAAAAUUAAGAGUGGACGAAGCCUCCAAAGCAGCAGGGAUUGGUUUCUUUUCUUCUUCCCCGAAGGGAUCCACACUGCACCUUCCUCUGGGGCCACCCAGAGGGACAUCCAUACAGAAAGUGGGGCUGGAUCAUGGCUCUGGAUUUCCUCAAGGCUCUUCAGAGCUUCCUUACGAACCAUGCAUGCCGCGAUGAAGUCCGCAGCCCAGGAUUUGAGACUCAGCUCUGCUUUCAGGUAGCUGCAUGACCUUGGGCAAGUCCCCUCCCUUCUCGGGGACUCCGUCUUCUGACCUGUUAGGACACAGAUGAUCUGUAAGAUCUUUGCCAGCUCUAAACUGUCAUGACUUUGCAAGACUACACUCUAUGGUGUUAUAGUAGAGCCUUUCUAACCAACAGGCUCUAGAAGAAUUGUUGGAUUUUCAUGACAAUGAUAUUUAUACCCUUUGACUCAAUUCUGGUCAUGAUGGAUCCCUCCAUGGCCACACUGUCUACUUUUGGUCUCAAUUCUGUGAUGUUGAAGCUGGGAGAGGCAGUGGCGUGGGGAGACUUUGAGGCUUUGCCCUGUUCCUCCUCGUUACCUCCAGUGGGAUUUAGAUCAUGGGGUGGUUUCCCCACCCUAAUUCCGAUUCUAAUCUAAGGGAUAGCCUUGAUAAUGGAAAGAGCAUCAGCUGAAAAGUCAGAAGAACCAGAUCCUAGUUCUACCACCACUGAUGACCAACAUGGGGAGAAGUCUGGCUUAUCCUUCAUCUCUGUUAUGAGGGUCAAAUAAGACUGUGGAUGUAAAAGUGGUUGGUAGAGGCAUGAGCUCUCUACUAAUGUAAGGGGCUGAUUAUCUAUCCUGAGAGCAGCUCUAGGGAACAGAUUCUCUUCCCUCUACUCCUAAGGAAGCUGUAGGGAAUGACUGUAACUUUGGGCUUUAAGAGGUCACUCAGCUCUGAGAAGCCUCCUUAAGCUUCCUUAAAAGAUAAGAACUCAGUAAGCAAAGUGUCCCAAGCCUUCAGUGCUAAAGAACCAGAGAGUGGGACACAGACCCGGAUGGGGCCAAGGCUCAAGGCAGAUGUGAGGGCCCAUGGUCUCUCUUCACUGCAUUCUGUUGCCCCUGUCAGUUUCUAACAUCCAGCCACUUCUUCCUUGUCCAUCUGUCUUGGCAGAGCUGGGCUCAGGAGCCUCCCAUGGCAGUAUGAGUGCUGGAGUUUCUCCUGGCCUUCGUGUGUAAGCCAAUGACCCUGCCCCUCACCCCAAAUCCCUGUCCUUAGUACCUAAGUACCGAGUAAAUCAUUGCUCAUCAUGAUGACUGGGACACCAGCUUUAUACUCCAAAGACCUGGGUUUGAGCUCUGCCCUCACUCCUUUUCUAGACAUACGAACUUGGGCAAGUCUUCUAAUCCCUCUGAGCAAUGGUUUCCCCAUUUAUUAAACAGGAACUAACCUUGUUGGGGACGGGAAGGUUGUAAGACCAUAAACUAUAGAACACUCUACUGAUGUUAGAGAAGAUAACGAUGCCUCUGGUGAGUGACCUCCAGGGUCCCUGUGGGAAGCAAGAAGGAUGGUCUCUGCUCUCUCAGGUCAAUCUCACUUCUGACAGCUAAAAACAGGCAAAAUGGAACCAUGCUGUCUCUGGGCUAGGCACUUCUGUAAAAUAUUUAUACAUCCUGUGGACUCUGUGAAAUACAGUACUUCAGUCCCUUAGAACCCAUGUGGGAGCAAGGGGCAGAGGGUGGGCAGGGCAGAAGAUGGCAGGAGGAGGUGAAUUGGUGGACUGUGGAGAUUUCUCAGAAUGGCUUUUUUCUGAUGUAUGGUAUAAACCAGCAAUUUUCCAGAUGUCUAUGUCUGUGAUUUGUAUGUAAAUAAGUCUUUUAUUUAUCAAGGAGCUCUAGACUCAGCCCAGGCUGCAGUAGCUCACUUGGGGUCAAGAACGUGGAGAUGCGGUUUAAAUUGACCAAUAAAAGUCCUUGAUAACCAGGAAAUUCCUGGGCAUCUUUGUUUCCUAGGGGCAGUGACAAUGAGAUAUGCAAUAUGAAAUAAAAUUUGCUCUUCUUCUUCUUUUUUAAA